UAUUCCAGAGCAUUCGCUCACUGACAAACGGUUGUCAGCUGUCGCUGCGAAUUUAUCCAAUUUCCUAUCGAAGGAAGGACCGGCACGUUGUGAAAUCGUCGUGAAAUUCGCAAAUUUUAACGUUCGUAGUCAUUGUGGAAACGUUUGCAUUGAUACCGUAGAAUUUCGAAGUUUUCUGUGUGAUUAUUCAGCACAUGGCCGCGAUGUCAGUAAUUGGAAUCGACUUGGGAAACGAGUCCUGCUACAUUGCCGUUGCAAAAGCGGGCGGGAUUGAAACGAUCGCCAAUGAUUACAGUUUAAGGUCCACACCUUCUUAUGUGGCGUUUUCUGGCAAAAAUCGCAUUCUUGGCGUGGCUGCCAAGAAUCAGCAAGUUACCAACAUGAAGAACACCGUCUACGGCCUGAAACGGCUCAUCGGGCGAAAGUUUCGAGAUGUCCAUGUACAGCGCGAGCUCAAGUGGCUUCCUUUCAACGCUCUGGAAGACCGUAAUGGAAACAUUGGAAUCAAAGUAAACUAUUUGAAUGAAGAACACGUUUUCUCUCCGGAACAGUGUUUGGCCAUGGUGUUGACCAAACUAAAGGACACCGCAUCUUCGGCAUUGCAAACGCCCAUUAACGAUUGCGUAAUUUCAGUUCCUUCAUAUUUCACCAACAAUGAGCGAAAAGCUCUUUUGGACUGCGCUGCUAUUUCUGGACUAAAUGUAUUGCGGCUAUUCAAUGAAACUGCCGCCACUGCUUUGUCCUAUGGAAUAUACAAGCAGGACCUGCCAGGCCCGGAAGAAAGUCCCAGAAAUGUGAUCUUUUUGGAUUGUGGCUACGCCUCCCUUCAGGUGUUCGCCUGCGCUUUCAAUAAGGGCAAGUUGAAAAUGUUGGCAACCGCUUCCGACCCCCACUUGGGGGGCAGAGAUGUAGAUCGACUUUUGGCUGACCAUUUCUCGGCCGAAUUCCAACAGAAGUAUCACAUCGAUGCCAAGUCUAACGCCAGAGCCUACAUCCGCUUGCUGGCCGAAGUUGAGAAGCUAAAGAAGCAAAUGUCGGCAAACUCAACCACCCUGCCUUUGGGUAUUGAGUGCUUCAUGAACGACAAAGAUGUCCGAAGCGAAAUGAAGAGAACGGACAUGGAAGCUAUUUGCGCCGGUUUGUUCCAACGCGUCGAGGAUACUUUGCGGAAGUGCUUGCAGCAGUCAGCCUUGAAUCUGAAUGAAAUCUAUGCUGUGGAGAUAGUGGGUGGAUCCUCCAGGAUACCCGCCAUCAAGCAGCUGAUCGAAAAAGUGUUCCACAAGCAGCCAAGCACGACUUUGAACCAAGACGAGGCUGUUUCUAGGGGUUGCGCCCUACAGUGCGCCAUGCUGUCUCCGGCUGUUAGAGUGCGAGAGUUCAGCGUAACUGAUGUCCAGAACUACCCGAUUCAAGUGGCGUGGGAAGCCAGUCCAGGCGGUGAAACAGCAGGCGAUAUAGAAGCGUUCCCAGUAAACCAUCCAGUUCCUUUCUCUAAAUUGCUGACUUUCUACAGAUCCGAAUCGUUUUCUAUCAAAGCGUUCUAUAACGGGCAAAUCCCCUACCCGGACAACAACAUUGGUACGUGGUUGGUAAAGGAUAUUCGUCCAGCUGCAGAUGGCAAACCCCAGAAGGUGAAAGUAAAGGUCCGAAUUAAUCUUCACGGCAUAAUGACAGUGUCGAGUGCUUCGUUGAUCGAAGCCAAAGAGGCAGCUGAAUCGGAAUCGCCCGAAAGCGAGAAGCAAAACGCGGAAGCCGCUGAGCAGCAACAGAACGGCGAACAAGCUGCUGGUCAACAGGGUGAGACUGAUUUGCCGAGGGAAGGAGCCGAGGCUACUCAGCAGCAGUCGGCAGAGGUAGGGUCCGGCACCAGCUGGACUAAGAAAAUUUCGACCUGGUUCAGCGGGGAUGGCGAAAAGGAAAAGAAGAAGCGCCUGGUCAAGAGCGUGGAGCUGCCCAUCGAGGCGCUGACUUUCGGCUUUUCCAACGUUGAGCUGAACAAAUUCACUGAGCAGGAGUUCAAGAUGAUCGCUUCGGACAAGCAGGAGAAGGAGCGCGCUGAUUCUCGAAACGCCCUAGAGGAGUACGUCUAUGAAUUGAGGGGCAAGAUGCAAUCGGAAGACGAUCUUGGUCUGUACAUUCUCCAGUCUGAUCGCGACACAAUCGUCCGGCAGCUGGACGACAUGGAAACCUGGCUGUAUGAAGACGGGGAGGACUGCAACAAGCAGGUUUACAUUGACAAGUUGGCUGAGUUGAAGUCCAAAGGCGAACCAGUUCAGCAACGUAAAAUCGAGUGCGAACUGAGACCCGCUAUAGUCGAAGAUUUUGCCAGAUCAUUGCAGUUGUGUGUGAAAGCUUUAGAACUUAUCAGGAAUAACGACCCGAGAUACAGCCACUUGACCGACGAAGAAGUAAGCAAAGUUGACCAGGCAUUCCAGGGCUCUUACCAGUGGCUUGAGCAAACCAGGUCGAAAUUAGGUGCAGCUCCUAAGCACCUUCCGCCGCCCAUUACCAUUGCACAAAUCAGACAGGAGAAGUGCAACUUCGACAAUACUGUUAACUCAAUUUUAAACAAACCGCCCCCGAAAGCCCCAUCUCCGCCCAAAGAGGAGAAAGCCAAUGCACAGGAAAACGCAAAGCCGGAGCCCAACCAAGCACCGCAGGAUAACAUGGAAUGGUCAUAGACGCUGUGUAAAUGUGAUUAUAGGUGUUUUAAAUUACUAUUUACAUAUUUAACUCAGUUAGGUGGAUUUACGGAUGAACGAACUCUAAUUUGUCGAAAUGUUAAACAAAAACUCAACGGUUCCUGUUCCCACAUUUAUCUAAACUUAUUUGCAUUUAGAAAGUCGCUCCCUCCCGGAAGCAAAAUUACAGUAUUUUCCUAGUUAAUUUUCUGCUUGUGUCUCGACUGCUUCAUGACUUUUACAGGAACAGCCUCUAUUUUUAAUGAUCUACUUAACUAGAGCCGUUGAACCAACCCCGAUCUGAACAACGGCGUUUAGCGUAAUUGAACAAUGUUUGCUUCACCUGUAAUGACUAGUUUUGAUUUGAAACUCUCCUUUGUAAUGGAUAGGCGAAUAGGCGGCACUCAGUCGGGGUUUGUAAGUAGUUAAAAAUUUUUUUAAUACCGCACUAAAUCCACUAGUUGUUCGAGUUAUUAGGUAGAAAACUAAUUUCCUUUCUCGAUUUUUAGUUUUUUAAAUUGCUUAAUAAAGUUGUCUAACUGGG